AUGUCAUCACCCACGCCCACAGACCCCAGCGACAUCGUGAAGAUACAUCGCACAACCGAAGAGGACUGGAUCAUCACCGCUGCGCCCGUCCCCCAAUCUCCAAAUCUUCCAGUCUAUCUCACCCAUCUUCUCUAGGACUGCUCUUAUUCAACUUGACCUGACAUACCGGUCGGUCAAAGGACGACUUUCGUAUGAUGUACUCGCGCUGCAUCGUACCGUGCUUUACCGAUCUUCUCAAACGUACGUCGUUUCUCUUGCUUAACGCCAGGCUACUAAUCUGAUCAUAUCUUCUGUGCUUACAGUGCAUGUAUAGGAGAACAUGUUCCAAAUCACAGCCUGUCUUCUUGUGUUCACAUACACUGGUGAGUAUAGUCGUUGUUUUGUGUUUCGAGUACUACAGUAUCAGUCUGUUACCAGACUUUGAUCUCUCCGUCGAGUAGUACAGAAUGAUCUCGUCAUCCGGAAGGUGCGAAGGUGCCGCUUGUUUUGCGAGAUAUCUCUCCUGUGAUGUCUGCUAUUGUAUUUUUACUGUCCCUACCUAUGUAAAUGCCAAAUACAUUGUUUUG